AUGUCCUGGACACCGUCGCUACUUGAUCUCAACUCCGCGGCGGCGGCGCCAUUGUCAACUACGCAGGGUGUCUCAGACCGGACUAGCGAAGCCAGCUUGAUGCCUCCGGAGGAGCUGCUCGCCUUACUACCAUACAUGCCCCCGCUAUUCAGCAAAGAUCUUCCGCCCUGUGGUCUUCACCCCCAGGUCGCGUACGAAGACGUUGUACACCGGCUCCGCAAGGCCUGGCUUCUGUGCGCCAAACAGAACCCCGCCAACAUUCCCCUCCUUGCUAUUUGCAAAUCGGUUCUAGAUGAGUACAAAACUGAGGCUAUCGACUCGCCGCCUGGAACUGAAGCUGGCACCAAGGAACGUAAGCCUUGGCGGAGGGAACGGAUCUUCCAAUGGGAAAUCAGUUGGGCAAAGUACUUUGUUCGUGAGGUGGAGACCCUCGCAAGCAGGGCAAGCAUGACUGAAGAAGAGAAAGAGCAAGAGGAUUACAUUCUUGACUUGUGUCCUGUUCCCCAGGAGCUGUACAUCUAUGUUAAGAACAAGGCGAAUAGGAAUGAGUUGUUGGAGAUGUGGCGGGCAUGGCAGAAGAAGAAGCGGACCCCUGGUCCAGCAUUCGUUGCUCAUGGGAGGAGUGAAUCAGAGCAAGGUGGAAAGGAGGGUGGAGAGGAUGGCCCUAGGGACGAUAAAGGGUCCGGAGAUGUGGAAAAUCAGACAUGA